AUGGUUUUCCGUGAUUACAUUAUUAAAUUAUUGACGUACAUGACCAAAACAAAGCGCCUUAAAUAUAAUAUUAUUGUAGAUUUUUUCCAAGCUUUGGAUUGCCCCAUUCCCGAGAACGCAGAAAAGGAAUUUCAGGAGUACUAUGAACGCGUUGCCUCACUCCCCAAUAAACCAAAAGAGAUCGACGAUAUUUAUCCGCCAAAAUCCGUCGCUUACGCAAUUGUUCAUGAUGAUGUUGACACAUUCCGGUCUUACUUUCUGAGCGACAAGAAUAAUCAGACUGAGUUUUAUAAUCAAACUGUAGUCUUCCAGGGUAAUAAUUUGACUUAUAUCCACUUGGCGGCUCAAACAUGCGCAGUUAACUGUUUUACCUUCCUUCUGAACUAUUAUCCAACAUACGAUGAUGACCUACUUGAUUCAGCAGUAAUAGGCGGCAAUAUGGAUAUUAUUCAGUUAGUCCUGAAAAAUCCAAAUCUCCAGCUAAAGAACCACCUUAGAACUGCUAUUAUAUAUCAUCAAAAUAAUGUCGUCGGAAAGAUAUUUAAGGAAUCUUCGGAAGAAUUUCUCAAUAUCGACCUGCAGUUCUGCAUUUCAACAAUGAACCGAUCAAGUUUGUAUCUCAUUAUUAAAGAAAUGUCAAGACUUGAAUGCAUUGAUCGCAGAGAUUCCAAUUUACAAACAGCACUUAUCGUCGCGACUCGUUUGGGCGAACUCGAUAUCGUCGAAUACUUACUCGAAUGCAAAGCGGAUAUCGAAGCUAAGGAUGCAAUCGGCGAGACCGCUUUAUUAACGGCCGCAACUUACGGACAUUUUAAUGUUGUAUGCUUAUUAGUUACUAAAGGCGCCAACAUUGAAGCCCAAGAUAAGUACCUAUGGACACCACUUAUGGCGGCGUGCGCAAAUGGUUACGAGGAUAUUGUACGAAUCCUAAUUUCAACUGGCGCAAAUCCAAAUGCAAGAGAUAUCAUGGGUAAAUCAUGUUACGAAAGGGCAAAACCUAAUAUCCAAAUGAUGCUCAACAUAUCUGGUGAACGCCAGCCUUAA